AUGCAGAGCGAAAAGAAGAGGAGGAAAUACUCCACGAGCAGCAACGACUCUGACACCACUGACAGUCAAGUGACAUCGUGGUCCAGGUCGUCCAAGAAUAUAGGCACCAGCAGUACAUGGGUCCACCAUCAGCACAAGAAGCCAUCGGAGGUUUUCCGUACAGACUUCAUCACGGCCAUGAAGCUACCAGACUCUGCGCAGCUGGGCCCAGACGACUUCUAUGUGCUGUCGGACCCCUGGAGACAGGAGUGGGAGAAGGGGGUCCAGGUCCCUGCCAACCUGGAGGCCAUACCGGAGCCCGUGGUCAGGCUGCUGCCGGAGUCGACGGGUGGCCUUUCCACCAGCAGGCAGGUGAAGGAGGGAGAAGCUCCGCCUCCUCGCUCUCAGCUUUACAGCUGCUACGACCUGGAUGACCUGGAUGUUGCCUGGCUGCAGCUGGUCAAUCAGGAGUUCAGACAGAUGGCCUUACCAGAGCUGGACGAGCUGACGAUGGAGUGCGUUCUGGUGGAGCUGGAGAGCGUGUGCGAAGAGAAGAUGCAGCAGGCCAUCGAGACAGAGGAGGGCCUGGGCAUCGAGUACGACGAGGACGUGGUGUGCGACGUCUGCCGCUCGCCGGAGGGCGAGGACGGCAACGAGAUGGUCUUCUGUGACAAAUGCAACGUCUGCGUCCAUCAGGCUUGUUACGGCAUCCUGAAGGUGCCUCAGGGGAACUGGCUCUGUCGGACCUGCGCACUGGGAGUUCAGCCAAAAUGUCUGCUCUGUCCCAAGAGGGGGGGYGCCCUGAAGCCCACCCGCAGUGGAACCAAGUGGGUCCACGUMAGCUGUGCCUUAUGGAUCCCUGAGGUGAGCAUAGGCUGUCCAGAGAAGAUGGAGCCCAUUACCAAGGUGUCCCACAUCCCUGCCAGCCGCUGGGCUCUGUCCUGCAGCCUGUGUCGAGAACUCACUGGAACCUGCAUCCAGUGCUCCAUGCCCUCCUGUAUCGUGGCCUUCCAUGUGACAUGCGCCUUCGACCACGGCCUGGAGAUGAAGACCCUCCUGGCCGAAAACGACGAGGUGCGUUUCAAGUCCUUCUGCCUGGAGCACAGCUCUGCCUCCAGCAGCGGCGCCAACAUCAACAACGCAGUGAGCAACGGCAGCCACGCCGUCACCGCCGCCGCCGCCGCCAACGGAGCUCACGGAGCCACCGAACUGAACGCCAGCAAAGACUCGGAGCAGAGACCCGUGUCACACUCGGUGUCGGCCUCAGAGCGAGCCGAGCGGGACCAGCUGGAGAGGGAGAAGGCGACCCAGAGGAAGCAGAAGCUCCAGGAGCUGGAGGAUGAGUUUUACAGACUGGUGGACCCCGGUGACGUCGCUGAAAACCUGGGGCUGCCCMUCAUACAGAUGGACUUCUUAUAUCAGUUCUGGAAGUUGAAGAGGAAGACCAACUUCAAUCAGCCUUUGGUCACAUUAAAGAGGGACGAGGUGGACAACCUGGCCCAGCAGGAGCAGGAUGUCCUCUACAGACGUCUCAAACUCUUCACUCACCUCCGUCAGGACCUGGAGAGGGUUUAUCCAAGUCCUUUCCUUUGGACAACUCUCUGUUCGACAGCUGGCUCGCCCAGUCAGUCCAGAUCACUGCUGACGACAUGCUGAGCCAGUGGGCUCUGGGUGCCCAGCAUCACGACAAAAGCGGCAGCCUGCUSUCUGACCAGCUAAUGCAGGGCGAGGAGAGCCUCCUGAACCUCAUGAUGGAGAACUCCAUGCAGUCAGCCUGGAAGACCCCCCAGCUGGGCCGCAAAUCCAGAGGAACCAGUAAACCCUGUGGUCGGGGUCAGAGCACGGCGCCCGCUCAGCCCCUGCCUGCAGCGGCUGCUUCCAGCGCCAGCAGCCCCUCCACGGCUCGGAGCCUGUGGGCGAGUGYGAUCGAGGACAGGUCCAGCCAUGUGGGCAGGAAAGGGGAACGGUCCCGGGGCUCUUCCAYGACCUCGCACUACCACGUUCAUCACCACCAGACCAGGAGCUCCGACCUUCACAAGGACCCACCACCACAACCACCCAUCUCCAAAAUGGACUCCUGCCACAUUUCUGAGGACUACGGUCUAUGGGACAGCAUCCACGUGGGGAACGGUGUCGCUUCGGGGGCUGGACCUGGUUUCACUGCAAACUCAUCCCCCCCUCCAGCCUCCAGCCCUGGAAUCACAGUGCCUGAUGCUGGAGCGAUGCUGCGGGGRGGGGCUCUGCGGUCCCGCCUGGUCCGCCAGGGUAAAUCGAGAGAGAGGGGAGGACUAGGCGGGCUGGAGUCCAUGGACCUGCCUCUCGCAGGGAAGAGCACGUCCCUGCUGGACACUGCUGAGACUGACGGGUACUACUCUGACGGUGAGCAGAGCGACUCAGACAUGCGCUCCGGCAGACGCAAACUGCGGCUGCCGCAGUUGCAUUCUGGGAACGAGGACCUACUGAGGAGAAGCGUCCUGGCAUCCUAAGAAACUGAUGAACACAAAGCCAGUUAUCCAGGCAGAGCGCUGCUGGCUUCUUGUUGUUUUUCUCCAUCUGUGCCCAGUAUAAACUACAAACCAUGGCUGGACGACCGUGCUCAACCAAAUCUCUGUUGCAUCUAUCGACGGAGAACAUCUUCAGCUCUUAACCUGAUUUGUUUUUCGGGGGAAUUUGAAUGUAGCUGUAUGCCGAUCGUACAGUAACGCUUCUCCACUGGACCAGGGUUUGUUGUCAGCUCCUCACACAGUAAGACAGGAAACAAAACAUUACUUUUGUCUCCUCUGUUUCGUAUAUCUCAGAUUCCUUUUGCUUCUGGGUGUUGAAGUGCCCAUUUCUGGCCUCACGUCUGUGGUGUCUGCCAGACUUCAAAAAAACAAAACACUUUGGGGCAUUAUUAUUAUUACUCAA